GGAUCCCUGAGGCCGAAUAUACAACUAUAGGUUUGCAAGUGUGCAGGACUUCCUGUAUUUAUAAUUAGUUCAUCCACCCACAGGGCUUUACAUAAUAAGCCACUACCCCACUGUGACACUGAGCCAGAGCCACUGUAAUGGAAAACCUAAAUCCCAUGCCAUGGGUGCCAAGAAAUGACCAGAUCAUACCCCCUACACCCCCACCCCUCGCCCUUCAAACACACACACACACGCUCGCACACACAUGUCAAAACAAAUACAAAAUCAACAAGGUAAAAGGCUGGGAGGUCUUUAACAGAUGAUAUGGAAACAUGUCACACUUUAAAACACCCUUUAACCAAAGCGAAUCUCUGCCUCAGAAACAUAGUUUCCUAUUUCCAUAACAUUAUAUACAGGACAGAACUAGAAGGACGUUAAUUCAGUGUAUGAAUCAAGCUCCAAAAACAUUUCCCAUUGGACUUUUCUUUUGUGCUGAUUGAUAAAUGUUGACAACUAAAACUAAAACUCGUUUCCAAAUUUCAUAAAAUGAAAGGGAACCAAGUUGAAAAAAAAGAAAACGAUUUUCAAGUGGAAUGCACCUGUAAGAUUUCCUGAGAAAAUUCCUGCACCUAUUUCCCAUUUUCCUAGCAAAAUCUAAAGGAAUAAAGGAUGGCUUAAGACUUUUGCGCAGCACUGUGUACAGGAUUUUAAAAGCAGCUCUGUCUUAAGUGGUUCAUCCUGUCAAGAUAGCCUCCAUGUAAGUGUUAGUUUCAGACCCCUUUAAAAGAACCAUUGGCCUCUGUCCGGUCCUGGGCCCCUUUCCAAGAAGCAUCUUAAGACAGAGAUUGUAAAUCCAUUUUAUGAAAUAAUCACAGAUUAAUGAGUAGUUCGCGUCAUAUAUGGCUAAGAGCAUCUCCAAAAGGUCAAUAACCCUCAGGAUUCACUGUGAACUACAGAAUUCAUUUAGGGUUUUUAUCUCUUUAUAGCCAAGGAAAGUACUUCGGCAAGGAGACAUCAUUUGAAAGCAGAGUUCGAGUAAUAAAAGUAUUUUGGCCAUCAGACUGCUACAUAGCUGAAGAAAGGAAUUAGGACAGGACCCUGGAGUAUCUACACUCCAAGCUGACUGAUGAUGGAGACUUUGGACGAGACUCUCUGAACAUCCAGGAUAAGGUGAAGAUGGAAAGGAGGAGAAAGGUUUCACGAAUGAUGGUCUGAAAGUAAGAAUGACAGAAUAGUAAUGAGUUUUAAAAAACAGGGAUCAGAGAAAGUUUAGCUCUGGGAAGGCGGGCAAGAUCAUCUUUGGAUCAGAGUAGUGAGGAUGAAAUUAGUAAUGAGGGGAGUGUGACACUGUGAAAGAGCUAAUGAGUGUAAGAAAAGCACAGCAGGAAUAAAGGUAAAUGUGAAUUAACAGAUCUUCUUUACUGAACUUCAUUGCAACAACAUCUGCAACAUUACUAAUAACAUUACUAGCAUGGGAAAGAAUCGUUAUAGGUUAAUUAUUAAUAUAACAUCCGUGCGUUUUAAUUGCAUAUAAUUAGCCUGAUGAAACCAAAUAGAAUAGAUUGAUUUCAUAAUUGAUUGAAUUGAAUAGCUUUGCGCUACUUUGGUUUUGGUGAUAGCCUUAAAGUCUUUUUAUAAGGCAUGUUGCUUGCUUAGCUGAAAUUGACAACAUUUAAAACACAAAACUGACUGUUAAAAAAAAGUUUUGUUUCUAACUCUACAGAAUUUAGCAACUGGGGAUUGGCUGCUCCUGCGAGGGCCUCAAACGACCACUCCUCCUCUGCAUAGCGAGUCCCUGGAACGACCGGCUCAUGUCGAUCUUUGGGACCGACUGAGGCACGGCCACCCCUCAUGCAACUUCUAGGAUUCAUGCGUUUUAUUGUUAUUCCCCCAGAUUUAUUCACAUGAAGUGAAACAAAAUUACUGAUUAAGGACAACAACAACAACACACAUCAAGAGAAAUAUAUAUAUAUAUACAAAAACAACAAUAUUUAUAGUGUAGUAUGAAAAAGAAAAUGACUAAUGUAAAUACAAAAAUCAAAUAAGAAAGGAAAGGCAGUUUCCAAGCAUCAGAGUUGUAUGCAGUGGAUAGUGUAAACGUUAUUUGUGGCUGGGGGCAGCAGAGGUUACAGAGGAUCACUACAGUUUAACAGUCUUACAGUCCUCCGUCUGGUGGGUAUGCUCUUGAUGCAUUGCAGCCUCCUGCCCAAGCGGAGGGUGGCAAACAGUGUGUGCUGGCUGAAUAGAUCCUUUCAUUUCCAGGAGGAUCUUUUCCUGCAUCUGCUGAUGAAAUGUCUUGAGCAUCUUCAAAAAAAACCCCUUCUUCAUAGGGUUUUUCUGAAUCACUCUUACCUAUCUUCACCUACUCUCAUCUAUGGGCAUGAGCGCUGAGUAGUGACUGAAAAGAACCAGUGGUAAUAAGCUUCCUCUGAAAGCUAGCUGGGCUCAGUCUUACAAUAGGGUGAGGAGCUCCGCCGUUUGAGAGGGGCUCAGAGUACAGCCACUACUCCUCAACAUUGGUUCGGCCACCUGAAUAGAUGUCUCCUAGGCCCCUCCUGAAUGAGGGAUGUCCUACCAGGAGUAGACCCCGGGUGGAGGUAGCCACGAGAAAAUCAGUAGAUGGAUCUAAAACGCUUCCUUCUAAAUACACAUGACAUUUUCGAGAUGGAUGACUUUUUCAGUUGCACAUGCAUCAUUAUGUGUCACAUUUAUAGCUGUCACUCUCUGCCAGUGUAUCUUCACUGAUGUUUAAUGAUGCUGUUGAUUGCUAGCUUUGUUCAGAAAAAAAAGACAGAAAGAAAGAAUGAAAAUAAUCUCUGGCUAUCAUUCUCAAGAUAAAGGCCACACAUCAUGCAUCACGGUGGUAGAUUUCUAACAGAAUGAGCUGAGGUUUUUAAGGCUCUUUACUUCUUUAGGGCUUAUAUGGUACAUGAUGAUCAGUAAUGCAAGGUCAAAAGCAUUUGAGACACUUACAAAGAUAAAAAUGACUACGCUGUAAUGGAGGAAUAAAAUUAAAAUGAGGCUGUGAUAUAUCUCCAUGGGGGACAACACACUUUUUAGUGAGGACUGUGAAACUGUACUGCAUUCUGGUAUCAAGAAAACUGUAAAUGCAGACGUGUCAUUGGCCUCCUUCACUUCUCUUAUCUGAAGUUCUCUUUCACACAGUUUUUCUUCCUGACUCCAGGAAUGGAAGGCUCUUCCUCUGUGUCUUACAGUCAUUUUCUCUUUUCUUUGUAUCUUUUCAUCUCACUCUCCUCUUAUCUACCAGGCACGGCUGCAAUAUAUCAGCUUUUCCAUUUUUAUCUCACUAUCUUUUCACUCUGCCUCCCAACUCGUAUCUAUACCUUUUCUCCUCUUUCGUCGCAGAGAUUGCUCUGCCCCUAGCUCGCUCAACUUUCAUCUUUUCACCCUUUCCUUCUCAUUAACACAAUCAUGCUCUCUCUGAUGUGCACCUCGCCCAGCGUUUGUCCUUAACCCGUGGAAAUUUAUGCGCCAUGCAUCGUCUUGCUGCAAUUCUGGAUGAAAAUGUUAGUAAUAUUAGCCUCCCAUCUAUGCAUGCCAAUCGCCUCUGGGUGUCCCUUGCUUUAUAAUAACCCCCGCAUCGAUUCACAGACCACGGCACGUGCUGAGAAUUAAAGGCAGAUUGCAAGGAGGCCUCAAAGACAGCAUUUUUUCCCCUUAAACUGUUAUUGAGAAAUGUUUUUCAUAUAACUGAGCUGAACUGAAACAUGCAAAUCUACUACUUUGAUGAUAUAAUGGUUCAGCACUUGAGUUGCAGUGGUUGAAAUUGCCUCAUGCUGCAUACAAAAAAUAUGAAAGGAUAAACUGUAUAUAGAUUGUCUUAUUACUAUUUUGAACACUUUUAUUGGGGCUUAUUUUACUUCACCAACUUUGCCGUUGGUUUUUGUUAACAUGCCUUUUAUUAGGAUAGAAUAUGUGCUAAUAUGUGGAUGUGAGUAAUGUAUAAUGUGUUGUUAUUUGACACCAAGCAAUGAUGUAAUGUAAUACAAAUGGAAUACACAUACCACUGCCAUUUACUAACAGUAAAUUGUAAUAUAUAAUACAUAUAUAAUAAUAAGUAAUAUAUUCAAUUCAAUUCAGUUUUAAUUAUAUUGCUCCAAUUCACAACAGUCACCUCAAGGUGCUUUAUAUUAUAAGAUAAAGACCCUGCAAUAUUACAAAGAAAACCCAAAUAUCAAAUGGUGCCCUAUGAGCAAGAAGUUAGUGACAGUUUGAAGAAAAAACUUUCUUCUUUAAAAAAUAAAUAAAUAAAUAAAUAAAUAAACUCCUUUAACAAGAAGAAACCUCAGGCAGAAUCAGGCAGGGAGGGGCAACUAUCUGCUGUGACUGGUUGGGGGUGAGAGAAAAGGGAAGAGAACAAUCUCAGAGUGAUGCUGAAAAGCAUAUUUUUAAUGAUAUUGCACAAACCAGUGAGUAACACUAUGCACAACAUUUGAGUGUCCCUCCUUAAACUGGACAGUAAGCACAUAAAUAAUGUAGCAUGUGCUAAUUAGCACACAGCUCAAAGUACAGCUGAAGCAAACGGGAAUGUGCUUAGCUUCACUGUUAACUAGUCCCGCAUGCUGACAUGCCAACGUAUGCUAGUUAGCACAAAACCCCUAAAGUAAUUGAAAUAAAUAUAAAUAAACUUAGUUUUACUGGAGUAUGGUCAUGAAUGUACUUUUUACACAAAAAUGAUUUUAACCCGUAGCCUUCGAGAUUGACCGCAUCAUAGUGGGGGUGAUGAAGGUGAUGUUCCAUUUCAAAGACUCCUUCAAAUGCAGCCUUCUUUUCCUGAACUUCAAAGGAUACAUGAUGGCACCACUUGGAUUUAUAAUCAGCACCAAUCCAUGCGUCCAUUAGAGUUUCAUUUCAAAGUGAACUAAUUCUGAUAUUUCACUAUGAACCAAAGCUGGGAACUUUGUUUCCAAAGGCCUGAUUUCUCAGGUUUGUUAUGUGUGAGUCAUUACUUUGCUUUACUUUCCUGCAAUGAAAUAAUGCUGAGUCAUCACAGAGACAACCACUUAAACAGAAUAAAUCAGACAUCCUUUAUCUAUUGACCCCACAGGAUUUACUGCAACAGAACGCUGUCUAAAGAAAGUUUUCAAUUUACAGAGUUUAACUUUUUUUGAAACAGCACACAUGAUUUAUUUUUGAAUUGUAUAUGAGCCAUUUAUCAGCUUUUUGAGAAACAGUUUGUCGCUACGGGCACUCAUUAAGUGGUGACAGGAGCAGUGCUCAUACAUACAAAUGACUUUACCAUUGAAGUUUAUCUAAACAUGCAGAGUCAGCAAAUGUCUAAAGUACCCUACUCGAUAUGGCUGCUGUUAAAAGAUUAUAGAUUUCCCAUAAUGUAAAUAAAACGCAUAAAUAUUUGAAGAUGCUCAACAGCAGCUAUAAGACUACUGCACUGAACUGCAUUUGUACUUGUGUUUCAGAAAGCUGACAAGGACCACUGCGGCACUUUCAUGGUGAUAAACUGUACUUUUAGGCAGCGUGAUAAUCUCUGCAAAACGUUAACUUCUCCCUUUAUGAUUAUGAAGUGUUUCCUCUGUGUUUUGCAACCUUCUCUGCCCUUUUCCUCAUUGUGUCAUUUAAAAAGAAUGCUGACAUUUAUUUUAUUACGAAAAAGUGAGUCUAAAAUUAAUCAAAUUGUAAAAUAAUCCUAACAACAAGCCCUUUUAAAAAUGUAUUCACUUAUUUUGAUAUUCAGCCUCUGUUGUCAACACAAUCGCUCUCAAUUAUCUUUGGCAAUAAAUGCCCUGGAAUUAUAAUCAGGCUGCACUGAUCAUGGGGACGCUGUAAACAGAUUGAUGAAAACCAGCUUUGACAACUCCAAUCCACCCAGUUAUCAUCAUGUGGCCACAUGGGCAAUAAACCACAGCGGAGAUUACGCUGAAUCUGUUCUUGAUGGGAACAACUCACUAUGGGUGUAAUUAAGGCUUAAUAUGAUCUAAUCUCUCACUUUUGAAACCCUGAGUCUAUCAGCGAUCCUGAUCCACCAGCAAACCAUUGGGCAUUGUGGGAAUGUUCAUUAGUCACUGUAAUUGGCUGGUGAUAGAAUAUCUGGACCAGAUAUUAAAGCCAGGAGGUUACCUGCCAGGAGAAACAAGAAAUUCACGUCUCUUAUCUAAUUCCAUUAUUAAUAACGGCAACAAUGUUUUACUGUCACUUGAGUAAUUAAAAAUACAGUGUGGAUAACAUCACUCGAUCAUUAUUGUAGCCUUUUUGUGCACUUUUGCGGACUUCCUUUUCCAAUAAGAACAAGGCAGUAUAGGUAGUAGAUCCUAAAAAGCAUGAAAAGAGUCUCAUUUAUAUGUAUUUAAAGAAGACUCACAAUGUGACACGCUCUUGCUGGAAUGAGCAGCUGACCUUAAUAUAUAUCAUUACCAAUUUUAUGACUCUCUACUUGUGCUUGUAAGCGGUUUAUUUAAGAUUCAUUGUGAGGAUGAGCUUUAAUAGCAGAAUGUGAAUUUGUGAACGUGCCUUGGGUUGCUGCUUUACUUAAAGGUACACUCAAAAAUUGUUUUACUCCCAUGUUUUACUGAAGCAGCAAGCAUGUGAUGCUGUGUAUUUUCAUACACACGUCCCUUUUGGUUAUCCUAUUAAGUAACAAUGGUCAUUUUUCAAACUGGCUGCAGAAAUGAAACUGAUUUUAUACACCCCCUGUGUCCUAUAACCCCUUCAAGCGAGGACAUUGCAGAUGGAUAUUAGGUCACUUUCUGCAUCAGUGUGGUCAGAGUCUGAUACUGGCAUGACCACAUUUGUGAUCAUACUUUUCCAGGGUCUCUGCCAGCAACCAUUGCUGGAUUCAUUUUCCAAAACUCCAUGAGCUCUUUCACUGAUCAGGCACUUCUCUGUUGGGAAAUACCAUGGUAACGGCGCUGGCAAGAGCUGACCUUGGCCAUCAUAACAAACACAUAUGCAUAAUGCACAAACACACACUCUGCUGCUGCUGCUGCUGCUGCUGCUAGAGUUCCCCACCAGAGCUAGGCAAUUGACAUACUGUAUCCCCCAUGGCCACGGGGCCUCACUAGUCAGAAGUGAACAGUAAUCAAAGUAGACACACAGGUCGAACUUUAUUAUCAACCACUCGAUACCAGCUGCAAGUCCUCCAACAGACAGCACACAGGAAAGAACAAUUUGGAUUUUCAGACACAGGGCAUGGAGGAUUGGUUUGAAGCUUUUCAACUUGAUCCUUUUGGAUGUUGAACUGAAGUUUCAGAACUUUAAGACCGCAAGUGUGGCACACUGAAGCUGAUGACCUGACAAAGGACGUGGAAAUCUCGUAGUGUCAGCGCAUCAUCCUGAAUCCAUCCAACUGAGAUCCAAACGCAGUGUGAGGCACUCAACCGCAGAGACACUACAGAAAGGUGGCUUUCUGACCCCAUUGGUCCACAGUGGUCCCAUAAUGGGGAAGACUGGGCAAAGUACAGUGGACUUGAACUCCCCUUCAGAGGUCAAACAAGCAGUUCCCUUUGAGGAGCUGGAUCGUGUGGCGCCCCCUGCAGAUAAUAAGAAGAAUGUGGAAGAGCCUCCUGACAGGGGAAGCUGGAAGGGCAAGUUUGAUUUCCUCCUCUCAUGUGUUGGAUAUGCCAUCGGUUUAGGAAAUGUGUGGAGGUUUCCCUAUUUGUGUGGCAAAAAUGGUGGAGGGGCCUUCCUGAUCCCAUACUUUAUGACACUGGUCUUUGCUGGGAUACCACUUUUCUUCCUGGAAACAGCUCUGGGACAGUUCACUUCAGUUGGAGGACUUGGGGUGUGGAGACUAAUCCCUAUGAUGAAGGGAGUUGGUCUGGCUGCAGUUGUUUUGUCCUUCUGGCUCAACAUCUACUACAUUAUCAUCAUUGCUUGGGCGCUCUACUACUUAUUCAACUCUUUUGGUUCGGAGCUGCCUUGGCAAAGCUGUGAUAACCCCUGGAACACGGAAAAAUGUUUUUCCAACUACAGUCUGACAGACACCACCAACAUGACCAGCGCUGUCACCGAGUUUUGGGAGCGUAACAUGCACCAGCUGUCUAAUGGCCUGGAGGAACCAGGAGAGCUACGCUGGCCCUUAGUGGGCACUCUUGGGCUGGCGUGGGUUCUUGUCUACUUCUCAAUCUGGAAAGGAGUUGAAUGGACGGGAAAGGUAGUGUAUUUCUCAGCCACCUAUCCCUACUUCAUGCUGUUCAUCCUGUUCUUCAGGGGGGUCACACUCCCUGGAGCCAUAGAUGGGAUUCUCUUCUACAUUACUCCAGACUUCAAUAAGCUCGUCCGAUCUGAGGUGUGGCUGGAUGCAGCAACUCAAAUCUUCUUUUCAUACGGACUGGGCCUGGGAUCGCUCAUCGCAUUGGGAAGCUACAACUCUUACAACAACGAUGUCUACAAGGAUGCAGUCAUAGUAUGCUGCAUCAACUCUUGCACCAGCAUGUUUGCUGGAUUUGUCAUCUUCUCCAUCGUAGGCUUCAUGUCCUACAUCACGAAGAAACCCGUGCACGAACUGGCAGCUUCAGGUCCAGGGCUGGCAUUUUUAGCGUAUCCUCAGGCAGUCACACAGCUUCCCAUGUCCUCGCUAUGGGCCAUCCUGUUCUUCUCCAUGCUCAUGAUGUUGGGCCUGGACAGUCAGUUCUGCACAGUAGAGGGCUUCAUCACAGCUCUGAUGGAUGAAUAUCCCAUGGUUUUGCGAAAGAGGAAGAAGGUCUUCAUCCUCAUUGUCUGCUUCAUCUCCUUCAUCGUCGGCUUCUCUAACAUCACGCAGGGUGGUCUCUAUGUGUUCAAGCUGUUUGAUUACUACUCCGCCAGUGGGAUGUGUCUGCUCUUCCUCGUCUUCUUUGAAACCAUUUCCAUAUCCUGGUUUUAUGGAGCCGAAAGAUUUUAUAAGAACAUCGAGGACAUGAUCGGCUAUCGGCCAUGUGGCUGGUGGAAGCUUUGCUGGAUGAUCUUCACACCUCUAAUUUGCUUGGGAGUGUUUACCUUUAGUGCCAUUGAGAUGACUCCUCUCACCUUGGGGAAGUAUGUGUACCCCCUGUGGGGCCAAGCGAUUGGCUGGCUCAUGGCAAUGUCCUCCAUGGUACUCAUCCCAGGCUAUGUUAUCUACAUGUUCUGCAGCACCAAAGGCAGCAUCAAACAGCGUUGGCGAAGGAUGACAACUGCCCAGGAGGAUGAAAGGCGAUCAGGGCAGAAUGAAUUCACACACACAGACAGCGUGGGUGAAGCACUUGUCUAAACCUGAUUGUCCAAGCUAAAUAAAUCUGUCUGCCAGGACUUAAUGUAGUUAAUAUUGGAAGUUAACAAUUUGAUGGAUGGAUGGAUGGAUGAAUGGAUGCAGUAAAUCUCUGGACUACAGUGUCUAACCAUCCUUCAACUUGAGUUGAAGUAAAUAAAGAAGAUGAAUAAGUAUUUUUGACAUAGAUAUUGUUUCAGUAAAAGUUAUGGCAAGCAAGUGAAUGAUACAGGUCACAAUAAACCUGUAUACAAAGCCCAUAUGUACAAUAAACCAUCAUGAAUGUAAAUCCACAUGCUCUUCAUAAAUUGCAGCACAAUGAAGGCCUUUGUUUAUAACGUUACUGCAAAUUUAAUGAAUAAUGUUGUACUGCGAAAUGGAACUGUUAAAACUGGUAAAACUCGAUUUCAAGUAUAAAACUCUAUUAAUGGGGAACCCCAAUAUUUCAUUUAAAGAACCAACCAGUUACUGUGAUGUAGUUAUUCUCAGCAACACAGUAUUGCUUCAGUUGUCUGUAGGUCACAUUUAUCUGACCAAGACCUAAAAUGAAAAGUAAUAUUUCUCAUGAUAAUCUUUACAAUAAAUAAGGAAAUCUACACGUUAUUUACCAUAUGCUGUUUUUCAGUUAACACAGUUUUGAAAUACCUGUUUUUAGUUUUUAAUUAUGUAUAUUGAAGUUAAGUAUGUAUAUUGAAGAGUUUGAUUAAAAUAUUAGAGAACUGUAAAUAUAAUUGUUUUGUUAUAUUUAUGCACUGUCUAUAAAACGUGGAUGUAGGUCCAAGAACUGAGAAGUGAAGCCAAUGUGGAAGUGCCUUAAACUUAAAUUCAUCCACCUGACCAGCAGGGGGCGACUACUCUGGUUGCCAGAAGAAGUUUGAUUGUUUAAUCUUUAUUAUAACAUUACCCUGUUAUUCAAGUAAACACUUUACUAAUGGGUUUAUGGUUUUAACCACUAGUUUUAUGUCUUGCUUAAUACAAGAUAGUGUUUAUUUUGUAUAUAAUGGUCAGAUUUAGAGUAAAACAGAUGGUAAAAUAGGGUGAUGUCAAAAAUGCAGAGGCGGAAGUCAAUAAACUAGUGGGUUGGAUACAUCCAUAUUUUAUAAACAGUCUAUGUUUGUAUUAAGUGUAUUUUUAAACUAUGAAACUUUUCAUGAUAAAUGUUUUCAAACUCUGUUUUAUAAGGUGAAUGUGAAAACCAAGCAUCUUAAAAAAGAAAAGUAAAAGAAAAGACACUUUUUUCAUCACCAAAAUUUUGUUUGGUUUUUAAAAGCUUCAUUAAGCUUAAUUUUAUCAAUACAUAAAAAAAACACGUAAUGUUUGUAAAACUUAAAAUGACUGAAUAUAGUGAAGCAAGGUUUUCUUUGGACUGCAACUUUAUGAUCUGUAUUAAAGAUAUACCCUGAUAUUGCUUCAGUGUUCAUGUUAAUAAAAUGUAUACCAUUGGCACUUGGGAUGUCAAUUCUUCAUUUCUCAUCAGCUAGUUAGAAGUCAGUAACUUCAGUAUAUACAGCUGUGGUCAAAACUUUACAUAUACUCCUCACAGUCAUCAAUGUUAUUGUAAUUUGACUUUAUUUCCAGGGUGUAUAGAUUUUAUCUUCUUAUCUCUCAAUUUUGCCUAAAUAAAAAUGAUUUCCUUGAUAACAAUCAUAGAACUGACCAACCAAGGACAAAAUUCUGGAAUGGCUUUCCCAAUUCCCCAACAUCAACCCUAUUGAAAAUGCUUGUACUAUGCUUAAAAGCUCGGUUCAUACCAGGAAAUGAAUCCAUUUAAAUGAACUCUACCAAUUCUACCAAAAUGACUGGUCAAAUAGCUUGUUGAUGGUUACCAAAGCAUGCACUGUGAAAGGGUAGCAGAUUUAGAGAAAAUCCAAAAUAAAUGUAAAUUUGUGCACAGAGCUUUUAUUUACAAGAACAUUAAAUAUGCUGUCUGAGCCCCAUAUUACCAUGACAUCCAUGCCUGUGAGGAGUAUAUGUAAACUUCUGAUCACUUUAUGAAGGUAACUACAACUAUAUUUGCCUUUUCUCCUAAAAUGACUUUUUUCUAAAAAUGUCACCAACGUGUCUUUUUAACAUGGCAUUAAUUCAAAACAAAAGACCAGCUCAACUUUUCAGUGUUUUACUUUUGUCUCCUGCACGGAUUCGUGUUCUGAAAUAGAAAUGAGAAAAUGCAAAUAGACAUUCUUUGCUACACAUCGGCAGGUUCAAUGUGCUGCGGUAUUGCCCAGCUAAGCAAUUCCUGAAAGUUCUUUACAC